GAUCGAACCGGUUCACCAUCUACAUACACGUGGACAAGCGCUCUUCUUCGAAAAUCCUUCUCUUAUCACCGACGAAGCAGAGAACUCCGUCGCAAGUGAAAAUCCUCCCAUGCUGCAUGGCAUUCCGGUCUUCCACUGCCACCAAACCAAUCCCCCCUCCUCCUCCUCUUCCAAUAAAACCUCCCUCUUCUCCGCCAUGAGGUCUCCAUCUCCAUGCUCCUCCUCCUCCCCUCUCCUCUCCCUCCCUUCCUGCUCCUUCCUCCUCUCCUCCCUCCGUCCUGCAAAACGCUUCCUUGCGUUCCGCCCGCUGUUCUCCCUCCGCGAGACGAAGAAGGUAACCAUACGCAAGGUUUCUACAAAUGUUCCACAGAACCAAUGGUUCGAUAAGAGGAAGGGACGGAGGGAAGACGGUAUAGUUUCCGAUGAUGGGGAGGGUGCCUUGACCGGGGAGAACGCUCUCAAGGGAACAAUCAUCGCGGGAAUCCUCCUUGUUGGUGUUGUCGGUGGUUUCGGCGCAGCGGGGUUCCUGUUUAAGGACCAGGUCAAUGCGUUCCUCACCCAGUUAACCGAUUUUAUUGAUGAUGUUGGCCCCACCGGAUAUGCUUUAUUUGUGGCUGUUUAUGCUGGAUUGGAGAUUCUUGCGAUUCCAGCCAUACCAUUAACUAUGUCAGCUGGCCUUUUAUUUGGGACUUUAACUGGCACUAUCAUAGUAUCUAUCAGUGGAACAGUUGCUGCUGCUGCUGCUUUCCUCAUUGCUCGAUAUUUCGCUCGUGAAAGGAUUCUUAAGUUGGUUGAAGGGAAUAAAAAGUUUCUUGCAAUUGACAAAGCAAUUGGCGAAAAUGGAUUUCGCGUUGUAACUCUUUUGCGUUUGAGUCCAUUACUCCCAUUCUCUGUCGGAAAUUAUCUCUAUGGUUUGACUUCUGUGAAGUUUGUUCCCUAUGUGUUGGGAAGUUGGUUGGGGAUGCUUCCUGGAACAUGGGCAUAUGUUAGUGCUGGAGCAUUCGGACGUGCCAUAAUCCAAGAAGAAUCAGAUGUUGGCUUUCAUGGAGGAAGCAACCAAUUUUUAACUCUUGGACUAGGCCUUCUCGCCACGGUUCUCGCUGCUGCUUAUGUUACCAGACUUGCAAAGGACGCCAUUAAGGAUUUGGAGUGAAUCUAUAUGCCCCUGUAGUUCGCCAUGGCACAUAGUCUUAAGCUUUUAUAAGAUCUGGGAGUUCAUCAAUGGCUUCAAAUGCCUUACAGAUAUAAGGUGAGUAAAAGGUAUUUUCUGCUUCUGGCAAUUCCGUGUAAAUAAUGUGGUUUUGACCAUUAGUAUUAGUUUCAAAGCUUUCCUCCCAAUCUGUAAGUCUUAUGUUAAGUAAAGGAGAUGAAGCAAAAACAAUGUGGCAACUCCUGCAAAUUUGUAUGCCAAAUUUGGGGUUUAUUUACAUAUCUAACACCUAUGCUUUCAUAUUUACAUACAUAACUCUGAAAUCUUUAAUAUCACAUAGAAAACAUCAUUAUUUCUUGUUGAGAGUGAAAUGCAUAUGUAAAUCUGAAUAUCAAAUUUUAGGUGUUCGAUAUGUAAAUACGAAAGAAUUGUGGUAUGGAAGCAAGUUUUCAAUGAGUAAUUAUAGGUCAAUUUGUAAGAACCUAAACUUGAUGUUGUGAGAAUCUAAUGUCUUUCUUAUUUCAA